UUGACGUGCAUACGGGCGUAUGCGCAGUCAACAGAUCGAAAGACAGCUAAGCGGGCAAUCAUGUGUCCGAGGCAGCAAGAUAUAGAAAAUGUGAAAAUCGAUGCGGUAAUACAAGAUUCAUGUGGAAAUCCAAACGCAG